GAUUAUAAUGUCUAUUGGCCGGAUGGGAGCAAUAAUGGGUUCAUCAAAACCAGACGCCAAAAUGAUGCCUUUAGUCAGUAAAGUCUAUUGCUCCGUCUCCGACAAGGUUCUCGUCGUCCGCCACCGUCCCCACGUCGCUAACGGCGGAGGGUUUGUCGUCGCCGACUCUGACCAGAACCCUCUCUUCACCGUCGAUGGCUGCGGAGUCAUCGGCAAGAAGGAGGAGCUGAUCGUUAGAGACAACUACGGCGCCCCUUUGCUUCUCAUCAGACGAAAGGGGGAGGUAGUAGAGGUGCUGAGCAUGGUGAGGAAAUGGAAGGGGUACACGACGUCGUUUGAAGGAUCACGGAAGCUGGUUUUUACCUUAAAAGAGCCAAACUCGUGUUUCUUGAAGAACACCCCCAUAAAGAUUUCGAUUGAAUCAAAGGACUACGCCGGCGAUAAUCGCCGGAGUUUCACCGUCGCCGGCUACUUCCCCGACCGAGAUUGCAGCAUCCUUGAUCCUCUCGGGAUUGCAAUUGCACAUGUGGAGAUGGAGAUGGAAAGCAAAGAAGUGUACAAUGUGAAGAUAAAGGCUGGAGUGGAUCAAGCUUUUGUUAUUGGAGUCAUUGCUAUUCUUGACUACAUCUAUGAUGGAAGCACCAGAUGUUAAUUACCCCUAUUAAUUACUUCAAAAUGGAUAUAAUAAAAAGAUAAAUGUGGCAAAAUAAACAUUUACUCCCUUACAUAAAAUUUGUUUAAAAAAAAAAAUUUGAAUUUGUAAUAAUUAAAAUUGUAUUUGUUAAUAUUCACAGUUGACACCAAUCCCAUCAUCUCUUCCUCCUCCACACUGUAUAUAUACAGAUAGAGCAUUUUACUCUGUAUCCCACAAUUAAUUGAAAUUUGGAAUCUGAAUGCAAUAAGGGAAGAGAAUUGAG